AUGUCGGACACGGGGGUAGAGAUGAAAAUCCCGCCCUCUUCUCAAUCGCAUUUCGCCCAGUUCGAAAAAUUCACCCCCGACGAUGCCGCGCCGUUCGACGACGAGUUCAAACGGCUCGCCGCGUCCCAGGAAUGGGUCCCGGGCUCUCAGCAAUAUACCACGGAGCGUACCAUUGCUAUGCGGGCCGAGAUCAAGACACACUACUUUUCGUCAUCGCAAUUACCUGCAGCCUCAGCGCAGCUACCCGCUGCGUCAUCGAUAUCAGCCGUUGUCACCGAAGAAGAUGAACUCAUGGGGUACCGAGCUCUAUGCGACGAGGUCGGCCUGCCUUGCUACGAUACCAUUCCAGAAUGCAAAAGGGAAUUGAAGAAGACGCUGGUCAACAUUAUAGAUCUGAUUGACGUGCGGCGCAUGAUUGACGUGCGGCCGACGCCGCCAAAGGUCAAAGUUUGGAAAGACUUUGAAGCAUUUCGCGCCUACACGCUACAAGAUGAGCAUAGAAUUGACAAGGACGAAGCAAAGGAAGAUGGCGGAUACCUAGCAUCUUUGCUGCAACAUCUUCGGGUGCCUGGAUCCCGGGGGCGUGGAACUCGAAGGAAGAAGAGAAAAGGACUGAAGGGUCCAAGAAGAGACAAGGUUUCUGGAGGUGUCACAAAAAGGUAUCAGGAUUGA